AUGAUUGGCCACACAAUAUUUUUACAUAAUUAUAGAUUUAUUGACUCAAUCUUGGUAUUUUCUAUCGAAUACAGGAUCAAAUUAAUUAAUGUGGUUGUUCUGGUACACACUAUGAUACUCCAUAAUAUAAUGAAUUUACUCUACAUACAUUAAAUUCAAAAAUUGUUGAAUUAUACUCAGAUUUUAAUAACAAUAUAUUUUAUAUAUUUUUAAUAGCUUAAGAACUUUUGGAGUCUACAUUUAUUAAUGAUAUCUGUGAUCUUGAGAGAUCAAGAAUCAAAAAGAAUAAUCAAAUAUUUGAAUUUAAAUAUCACUUAUCUUGCGAAAUAUAUGAAUAAGGAAAAUGAAAUAAAUGUUUUGCUAAAAAAUUUCCUUUUUUAAGCAACUAAUGCAUCUCUCAAAUUACGAAAUGUUACUUUUUUUUGA